GUCUUUAUGAAUACAUCAGAUCAUCAGAAGCCUUCCUAACAUUAACAACUGUUAACUCAACAAUCGAACAAUGCUUGCGAAGUUCGUUAUCCUUUUCGCCCUUGCGGCUGCUUGUGCUGCGGAUUACUCCCAGUUCUCAUACGGUGUAGCGGACCCUUACACCGGCGACUUCAAGAACCAGAUCGAGACCCGCGCCGGAGACAGAGUCCGUGGCCAAUACUCCCUGCUUGAUGCUGAUGGCACCCGCAGGACUGUAGAUUACGCCGCCGGUGCUGAGGGCUUCAACGCCAACGUGAGGAAGGACCCUGCCCUCAUCCCCGCCGCGACCGCAGCCUACGCCGCACCCGCCUACCCAUACGGAUACGGAUAUCCUUAUGGAUACAACAACCUCGGUUACGGAUACAACUUUGGUUAUGGAUAUGGUGCCCCUGCAUACGCUGGACCAUACGCUUUCAGAAGGUUCUACUGAACAAACGGAUUGUAAUAGAUGGACUAGAUAAUGUUUUAAAUAUAUGCGCUUUAAAUUUUAAA